CGUUAAAACAGAAUGUACAAACAGUCAUUUUGAUAUAGUUGAGGUAUCACUUUUUGUAGUGUUAAAGAGAAAUCAUCUUUUGCAAUGGCUUCCGAUCAAGCGAUGCAAGAUGCAUUGAAUGCUUUGGCAAAUAUAGAGGAAACAGUAAAGAAGUCAUCUCUAGAUACUGAUAAUGUUCUUGCUACAAUUGAGAGUCUAAAAAAUGACGUAAAAAACAUGAAGGCUGAUGACAAUAAGUACAUUGAUGGUGCGAAAGGAGUUGUUGAUAUUGCGCAAAGCGUUGUUGAUAAUCUCGAUAAAUUUACGUCUGGUGAUGUCUUAGAUAUCUCCUCGGGAGCCAUUGGCUUAAUUGGUACAAUUGGUUCUGUUGUGGCUGGACCUGCGGGUCCUUUGAUUGCAGGAAUUUGCGGUCUAGUAACAUCUAUACUUCCGCUCUUUGGUGGAAACAAAGGUCCUUCAAUGGCUGAUGUCGUUUACAAUGUAAUUAAAGAUGCUUUAGAAGAUUUUAAAGAUGAAUCUAUCUACGACGGUAUCAUAUCUUCAGCAGAUAAAAUAAGACUACAAUUAACUUCUCUAAACGCUAUAGCUAAAACAAACGGUGGCAUCUUGAGUGAUAGUGAGAAAUCUUACCUGACACAGAUGGAUUUUGAGAAUGCUGGAUUAGAAGCCCUCGCUACGUUGCAAAAUCAAAUUCAAAGAUAUAAAAGUGCAAAUGAAGAUAAGAAAUCUAGCAGGCUGGCCAUGUAUUGUUAUUACUAUUCAAUGAUUUCUCUUCAAAAGGCUACAAUGCUAACGUUGAAAUGCAGUUUACUACGACUAAAUAACAUGGAUGGUGUUUGUGCUGCUGUUGAAGCGUGUUUAAACGAAGAUUUACCUAAAAACGGUAGAGAAGUUUUAGAUUUCAUCUCAGACAUACCAGAAAAUAGAGAUAGCUGGUGGCUAUUAUACCGAUGUCUUCAUACUGAACUUUCAGCUCAACAACGAGCAAUUCUUUCACAAUAUCGAAAUUAUGUUAAAUGUGCGCCAAUGAAUGGUCAGCUGUGCCAAAUUUACAAUAUAUAUCAAAGUGAGUACAUGUACCUAGCCAACGGCGAUUUUGCUUAUGAUAGUGAUCGAAGAAGAGUUUUUACUUGGAGAGAAAAGAAUAAGGUAGAUGAACAAGGUUUGUUUCGAAUCAUUGGUUCAUACGACAACUGCCAAAUAUAUGGAGUUUAUUAUGGUGAAUACUUGUACGCUGCCGAUUAUCCGUCAAGUGAUGGAGAUCGAAGAAAUGUUUUUACUUGGCGACCUGGCAAUGCUGUUAACCAAGGAGAUUGGCAAAUACAAAAUGAAACAAUUAGAAAUUUGAAGCAAAAUGAGUACAUGUACGCUGCUGAUUAUGAGCCGUAUGAUGAUAGUCGAAGAUACGUAUACACAUGGAAACCUGGUAAUCCAGUAACGCAAGGUGAUUGGAGAAUCAUUCCUCUCUCAUUUGAGCAAGAUGAUUUGAAAAAUGCAAAAAAUUAAAUAAUUAUUUUAAAUUAUUUUUAGAUGUUUAACAUUGAGUAGAAAUAUUUACAUUUUUAUAUUUUAAUGUAAAUUAGCAUCUGUGAAUAUAAUAGAAUAUAAAUA